CUUUCACUGCCGCGUACUCCGUUGUUAGUGUCCGUUUGGAUGGUGUCGCUAACGGUCUGAAGUGUUUUAUUUCCGCUGUGCCGCGUCAAAAAGUGGGUGUGCCGCCAUGCAAUGAUGUUUGUUUACGCCGCCCUUCUCACCAUAUUCGCGACUGCGGAUUGUCAAGUGGGCAGACAGUUCUACGACAAGGACGGCAACUACAUCCCGCCCUCGGAUGCAGAUGUCGAUUACAGGACGUAUGUGUACGGUCAGCGUCGCUACGGGCAGAGCCCGUCCUACGUGCCCGGAAGGCGGCCCUACAAUCCUUACGGACCACCUGACCCUUACGGGCCCGACAACCGAUACAACCCUCCCAACAUCUAUAGCCCCAACUACAACCCGACCCUGGAAUUCCAGCCUGGCAUCCCUAGGCCUUCGGACCCGAGGUUUGACCAAGCUGGCAUCGAACUUCCCGGGGUCCUUGGCGGCUGGCGGCCGGAUUUGCAAGGGAAACAAAGGGCGGAUUCUCCCAGGCAGGAUACCGAGCGUGACGUCGUCGUGACAACCUCCUACGGCCAAGUACAAGGUUUCAGGGUGUUCAUCUACGAUAACCCGAACCCGGGGUUCAGGCCUUGGGACGGACAAAUUGAGCGAGUGCAGGCGAAAGUCAGCAGUUUCCUCGGCAUACCGUAUGCCAUACCACCAGUGAAAGAAGGCAGAUUCAAGCCUCCGAGACCUCAUCCAGGAUGGCAGCAGAUGCUCCAUGCAGUCGACUUUGGACCGGCUUGCCCGCAGCCGAACAAAUACACGGGGGCGACCAAAGGUGUUAGGGACGUCCACGAAGACUGUCUCUACCUCAAUAUCUACACUCCUAAUAUCGAUAAUGGAGUCUCGCAGCCUUACCCAGUCAUGAUGUACAUUCAUGGAGGUGAUUUCAUUCAUGGAGCUUCAAACCUAUUUCCUGGUCAUAUAAUGGCUGGAUUUUACAAUGUUGUCGUUGUUACCUUCAACUACAGAUUAGGCGCUCUAGGAUUUUUAAGCACUGGAGAUCACAACUCACCUGGAAACUAUGGAAUAUUAGACAUGGCAAUGGCGAUCCGAUGGGUCCACGAGAACAUAAAUUUUUUCAACGGCGAUAAAAAUUCUAUCACGUUGUUUGGGCCUGAUGCAGGUGCUGCAUCUGCUGGCCUUCUUAUGGUCAAUCCAAGAACGAGACACAUGGUCAAUCGAGUUAUAGCUCAGAGUGGGUCUGCUCUGGCUGAAUGGGCCCUAAUACAGGAUAAAUACAAAGCGCAGAACACGAGCAGGGUAUUCGGCCAACACCUCGGCUGCUCUAUUGACUCGUCAUACAAAUUAGUCGACUGUUUGAGAAGGCACAGGAACUUUCAUGAGCUCGGAAACGCCAAUGAAUUUCUCCCGCAAGUUGGUUUGUUCCCUUGGGCUCCUGUGCUCGAUCUUAAUUUCACAGUGCCUGGUAGUUCUUGGUAUGAGGGGUGGAAACAAGAUGACUGGGUUUUCACCAAUUUUACACCAGAAGCACAGAUUAAAAGAGGGGAAUUCAACAAGGACUUUGCUUACAUGACUGGAGUGACAACUCAGGAAGCUGCUACUUUAAUAUAUAACAAUGAAACAUUAUCCCCCUAUUUUGACAUAGAUGAAGAAUGGUUUGACAAGAAAGUUGAAGAAAUGGUUUUUAGGUACAACUACACAAUAAACAGAGAGGGCAUUUUUCGUGCAAUUAAAUAUAGAUAUACUUAUUGGCCUGAUCCUAAAAAUCAUACACAUAUUAGAGAACAAUACAUCGAUCUUAUGUCGGAUUUCAUUUAUCGUGCACCGACAGACAAAAUGAUAAAACUUUUGGUCGAGAAGAAAGUACCUGUUUAUUUUUACGUCAUGAACACCACGAUAGAAAGUCUGCAAUUGCCUUAUUGGAGGAAAGCUCCGCACAAUAUUGAACAUCUUCUGCUUACUGGCGCCCCUUUCAUGGAUACAGAAUUCUUUCCUGAAAAAUUGAGAUUGGACAAACAUAAGUGGACAGAUAAUGACAGGAACAUCAGCCACUUCUUUAUGAAAGCCUAUACAGAUUUUGCUCGUCUAGGGAAUCCUUCACCUCAACAAAUUCUGGGGAUUAGGUUUGAAAUGGCAUACCAUGGAAGGCUGUAUUAUUUGAAUUUCAACACAACGUUCAACUCGACAAUUGAGCUGAACUACCGCCAAACUGAAUCGGCAUUCUGGACUUGGUACUUACCAACAGUGAUUGGCAUCCUCAUACCGACAUACCCACCAUUUACUGAGUAUUGGUGGGAGCCAAAACAGCCAUUACAAAUUGCAUUUUGGACGAUGUCAGGAACUUGCCUCUUGCUCAUUGUAAUUGUUGUUAUAUUCUGUCUACUAUGGAGAAGUGCAAUAAGGCAGAACGAUCGAUAUUACGGAGCGGACUUGCUGAUGAUGGAUAUGCAAAACGGGUUGCCGGAGGGGAUAGAAAAUCCCCGGAACGAAUACAGGGAUCUCCCGCUGAAGGCCAAACUGCACGAGAGGAAGGGUGCAUCAACCCCUGCGUCACUGAGAUCUAGCGAUGGUUCUCUUUCAGCAAGGGACAGCGUUGUAACAAGCCCAAAUGGAAGACCCAAAACACCACCAGGUAAAAGGUCGUUAUCGAGGAAAUCGAUGAUGGGAUCUACUGGAUCGGUGCCAAUGACCCAAGUGUGAAUCUCAAAUUAGCAGUUACCUUAUUUUAAAUGCAAAGCGAAAGAAACACUAUUUUCUCAGGAUAUUUUAACUUUUUGUUUUUGUUUUCUGACUAAGGUGUUUUCUAUAAAACAAAAAAUGCCAUUUUAUAGUUCUGUGUUCAUCAAGUGCUAAAGAAGAAAAUAAUAAUUGCUUAUCUUGUAAAAAAUAAUCUAGUAUGGACCUUUUUUUAAAAAAAAAUGUAUGAUUAUGAUGAUUAUGUGGAUUGGGAUGAAUUUUUUAAAAGUAUGACAGAGAAUUUAACAAAUCAAAGAUACUUAAAUUAAAGAAAAAAAUACACAAUGUGAAUGAAAAUUUGUAAAUAUUGUAGAAAGAUAACUGUUUUAAAUUUUGAACAAUUUGAAAAAAAUUAUCUGGUUGAAAAUAUUUAAUAAACGAAUCACAAAGUGCCUUAAUGACUCAUUCCAACGAGGGAAAUGGAAACAAUACAAUUUUUUUUGUACAUAAAUAUGUAAAUAUAUUUUUUAACUCUGCCUUUUUUUUAGCUUUUAGUUGUGACAAAAAAAAAAAAAAAAAAUGGUGGCUCAAAACCUUUUCUUGGAGACAGCUUUAAUUUGUUGUAUAAAGGAAUAAUAAUCAAAAGCCUUUUGUCGUGAAAAAAAAA